AUGUCCAACUUAGUUCAUAUCGAGUCAACCGACCAGUUCUCAGCCCUCCUCUCCUCUUCAAAAAUCGUCGUGGCCGACUUCUAUGCCGACUGGUGCGGCCCAUGCAGACAAAUCGCCCCCAUCUUCGAGCAGCUGUCGGCGCAACUCUCUCGGCCAAACAAGAUAACUUUUGCAAAGAUCGACACCGACAAACAGCAGGACAUUUCAAGAUCAUACGGUAUCCGAGCCCUGCCCACAUUCGUCGUCUUCAAGAAUGCGCAGGCGGUCAAGUUCAUUCAGGGCGCAGACCGGGAGGGGCUGUCCAACGCGGUGAAGGACCUGGCCAACGAGGCAAACAAGAUCGAAACUGGUGAGGGUGCUGGGAACUCAAGUAGUGACACGUGGCUCGGUGCAGAGCUACCAAGAGGCUAUGGCGAUGUGACUCCUCAGGUUGAUGUCUUGGGUUUGGAAUUGCUGAACUGGGACUCUGAGCAUGGAAAUGCAAGAACGUUGAUCACUGCCACCAAGCCCAAAGGACAAGCAGAGGCCAAGUCCGACUGGGUCGAAAGUGACACGGAUGAACAACUCAUGCUCUAUCUUCCCUUCAUGUCUACUCUGAAGAUUCAUUCGUUACACCUCACCUCCCUACCCGACAACACAGACGACGAUGAAUCCCCAAGCCGGCCGAAGGUAGUGAAGAUCUACACCAACAGACCCCGCAUCCUUGGUUUCGACGAGGCCGACGAUACGCAAGCGGCGCAAGAGGUGACACUAUCGGAGAAAGACUGGGACCCAAAGACCGGGACUGCCAAGAUUGAACUGCGCAUUGUCAAAUUCCAAAAUGUGUCCAGCCUGGUUCUGUUCGUGGUGCAGAGUGAAGGCGACAAUGAGAAGGUCCGCAUCGACCGCAUCAGGGUCAUUGGCGAAACAGGAGAGAAGAGAGACGGGAAAAUCGAGAAGAUCGGAGCAGACGAUUGA